GAGAUCGGCCUGCGGAGGUGAUUGCUAUAGGCCUUGCCUCCCUCUCCUUCUCCUCGUUCUCAAGCUUCUUGUUGGUUCAAGGGCUGUUUUUUUUCAGUUGCUUCUUCCGACCUCGGAUUUUCCGGGUGGCAACUGUCUCUCCAUCGGUGUCUUUCGCCUGAACCAGAGCAUCUGGAGACCAGCUUAUCAUGUCCGACUUGUCUGCUGUCUUGCCGCGAAUGCAUGCGUGGCUUUCCGCGAAUGCGCCUGCCGUGCCGUUUGGUCUGUUCACCACGCGGUUUCCGAACUUCAGGAAGAAGCACCUGCAAUCGCAUUUCUCCUUCGUGGAUCGCGCUGGAAUCUUCUACAUUUCCUCGGAGGGCACCGCGGGCAAUGAUGCUGGCGGCGCGGCCGUGCUGACGAGUUUGUCAGGGUCAGAAACUGCGGUGCAACGGGAGUUGCAAACAUGGGACAAAAGGUUUUCAGUGGGUGGGUUGGUGCACGUCGACCUUGACGGGGACGUUCGCCUCGCUAAGGUCAUCGAGUGCCGCGGGGUGUCCAUGGACCUCUUCGUGCUGGCCGACGAGGUGCCCGUCCCAGACAUCCCUUUGUGCGCCAUCCGGCAGUUGCCCGAGCAGUUGGCCGCAGACGCGUCGGCUGGCUCAUGGGAAGGAUGUUCGGUUUGGCGGAAGUUUCCGCUAUGGAGACUUUGUCGAAGUUCGUUGGCCCGAGCACGGAAUCUACGUGCCACGAAGUUCAGCCGCUGUUGUUGCGGAUGCAAGAUAGCGUUCGUGAUGGUCAAAUUCUCCGAUGGCGGCCAGGAUUCCAAAGUCGCAGUGGCAGAUGUCCGAGCACGUGGCGUCCCUUUCGUGGGCGAGGUGUUCGAGGAGAGCCCAGGGGCGCCGCAACGUGGGCCGCAGACUCGUUCUUUGUUUUCGCGCAAGGACGAGCAGCCUGAGGCGGUGGAAGACCCAGGAUCAACUCGGUUUCCGGGCGUGGUGGUGAGCGUGAACGAAGAGAAGGGAGUUUGCACGAUCGCUUCCCGUUUCGGAUCCAUUUUCUGCCCCCGAAGCGCAGUCAUUGCUGACGGCGCUUUGAGGGUUGGGCGGGAGGCGAAGUUUGAGAUUUCUUGGGGUCGCCAGCUUCGCUUGCAGGCCAACGACGUUGUUCUGGGCCCCCUGAAGAAAAUCGAGUCGGCGCAGUGGCGGGCUCAGCGCGCAAGGGGCGCGGGCGCAAUCUUGCGCGCCAGGGCGGAAGUCCCCGAGAAUAAGGAGAUUGAUAAGAAUAACGCUGCCACGCUUGAGCGCAUGAAGGCGGCCCAUGUGGCCAAGCGCGCGCGUGCAGAUGGGUAGGCCUACAACGAUCUCCGCCUCGCUGGGCAGCAUUUGUCCUUCCGCUCUCUUUCUCUCUCCGCCGCUUCGCUGGGCCUCCGUCCUCUUCACAUCCUCCUCCUGCCUUUCCUCCUGGGUUCCUUUGUCUUGUGCCAGGUUGCCGGAGUCGCGCUCGGCGCUGGUGUCCGGUGCCUGUCAUGUUUCUUUGCUCUCUGGCGAAUUUCUUUGCCGCCUCGCCAGUUGGGCAAGCGAGUGUCCGCACCUCCUCAUAAGAAGUAUGGGGGUGUAGAGGAGG